UCCAACGGAAUCUCGGAAAAGAUACGGUACGGCUCGGGACGAGACGCGACGUUAUAACACGGCCGACGCGGGGAAUCGCGACGAGUUAGAGCAUCAGGCGACUUGUCAAUACGCGGGGCCCAAGACACGCGUUGUCGACCACCCGUUGGCGCUUCAGCGGACGGUGACGGCGACGGCGGAGGAGAGGAGGAGGCGAAAGAGAAGAAGCGGUGACGGCGGCGGCGGCGGCGGCGGCGGCGGCGGCGGAGGAGGAGGAGGAGGUGGUGGAAGACAGCAACAAAGCCUUGCUCGUCCGUCGGGAACAAGUCCGUUUUAAACCGCCAGGAUGUCGAAGCCAAUUGAGAAGCCGGAACAAGUUUUGAUCAUCGAACCGCAAAACGAACUGAGAUUCAGGGGUCCGUUCACAGGUGGUCCCGUAACGUCGUACAUAAAAUUAAUCAAUCCUACAAAUAAAAAAGUGUAUUUUAAAAUAAAAACUACUGCCCCGAAAAGAUAUUGCGUACGCCCGAAUUCGGGAGCUUUGAAACCCAAAGAUGUGACGGAAAUCGCAGUCUGUUUGCAGCCAUACGAUUUUGAUCCGUCUGAAAAAAAUAAACAUAAAUUUAUGGUGCAAACUGUGGUAGCACCAGACGAUGAUGAUGACGAGUACCCAAUUGAUGUGUGGAAGGACAUAAAUCCGGAUCAGUUAAUGGACUCGAAACUGAAAUGCGUCUUUGAAAAUCCCGUAACUAGUACUACUACUAGUACGACUAAAACAACUGCAACAUCUACGUCUACUAAGGCAGAUUCUAAUACGACUAAUGGAAAAAAUAAAACAGUCGGCGAUUCGGUCAAAUCGUCGCCUAAGGUUCUUGGUGAAGCAGAAGAGAAACUAUUAAAAGCUGCGCAAGAAGUUAAUCAGCUUAGGGUAGAGGAAAGCACGCUUAGGCAGGAAAAUCUUCAACUUAGGGAAGAUUUAAUGAAGUGGCGAAAUGCGGCAUUGGGCAACGAUGGUGGUAACCUUGCAGCAGCCAGAGGACUAACCUCGCAGAGCAAUAGCCAGUUAUCUCCGACAACAACUAGUAUCCUCAUCGCCAUUGCCAUGGUUGUAUUCGGCUACCUUCUGGGAAAAUUAAUCUGAACAGCCUUUACCUUACUGUAUACCUCAGUGUAUCCCCACCGCCCCCAAGUUUUUUUAGCCUGUUUUCUGCCGUCAUAUGCCAUCGUUCGAUCGCAGACACAGACUUCAAACAUUGCGUUAUUCAAAUGUUCAUAAUAAAUGCUAUAAACACGAACGGUAGUAGUUUACAUUAAUAACUAGGUGCGCAACUAAGUUUCCGGGUUUUUUUGAUCAAUGAGAAAUGGAAAAUUUCAAAAGAAAUACAAAAAAUAGUUUAUUCAAAGUAUCGUCCCUCACUAGCUACACAUUUUUGUCAUCUCUCUGGCAAUACAUGAAUACCGCGACGAUAAAACGACGCGUUUUUGGACCGAAAUCAUUCAUCCAACCAAUUUUGCAAAUUCGAAAUUGGCCAAGUGUAGCCCAGCCAAGCCAUGCGCCAUCGACCGGAACAAGUGAAAAUUGGAAGGGGGCCAGGUCUGGAGAAUAUGACGGGUGCGGUAGCAGAUCCCACUUCAGCGUUUUUAAGGUGUUCUGAUAGAAGUGCGAUGGCACGGAGCGUUGUCGUGCUGCAAUAUCACUCGUUCGUGUCUUGUGUCCCAUUCUCGCCGUUUUUCGAACAAUGCAUGGCUUAAAUUGAUUAGUUGUUGUCGGUAGCGAUGCCCAUUGGACAGUUUCGCCCGGUUUCACUAACUCAUAGUACACAAUUCCUUUUUGGUCCCACCAAAUGCAGAGCAUUAUUUUCUUUCCGAAGCGAUUCGGCCGUGCCGUCGAUGUUGAUGCUUCGCCAGGUGAAAGCCACGAUUUUUUACGUUUGGGAUUCUCAAAGUAUAUCCACUUUUCAUCCCCAGUAAUAAUUCGAUGAAACAACCUCUUUUUUUCAUGCCGCAAAAGCAAAAUUUCGGAAGUGGUUCUUCGAUUUUCCAUCUGUCUCUCAGUCAACUCAUGCGGCAUCCACUUUCCUUCUUUUUGAAUUUUUCCCAUGGCAUGUAAACGUUUGGAAAUACUUUGGCGAGUUAUAUUUAAUGCCUCCGCAAGUUGAUCUUGUGUUAGCGUAUCAUCGUCAUCCAAUAACGCUUGCAGAUCGGCGUCCUCAAUUGUUUUUGGUCUUCCGGAGCGCUCCUUAUCUUUAGUAUCGAAAUUGCCACUUCUGAAGCGUUUAAACCAAUCUUCACAGGUAGUUUCGAUGGUGCUUGUUCGCCGUAGGCCUCCUCAAACAAACGACGUGCUUCAGCUGCAUUUUUUUUUCAGUUAAAGCAGAAAAGCAAAGCUUCCCGCAAAUGCUGUUUAUUAAAACUCGACCCCCUCAUUGUUAAAAAAAAUAUUUUUGCGUUGCGAUAUGUGUUGGUAUUAUGACUGCUUAUUGACUGCGUUUAGCAGACCUAACAAUUGAGUGAGCGCUCGCUGUUAUUGGUGUAUUCUUCUAAAUCUGAAAGUCUGAUUGGAUGAUCUAGAAGAAUAUCUCAACAUGUUGAGUCUGCUGAAUGCAGCCAUUGUUGAUAGAUGUCCAAGCUAUAGUAAAACACAACUUUAGACAUGUAUGUCGACUACGUGUAUCGCUAGCGCCAUUCAUAUAUGAAACCCGGAAACUUAGUUGCGCACCUAGUAGAAUUGCUCGUUACGGGUGUGUACUUAACCUGAUAAAAUGCUUAAUUUAAAAUUUAUUUUAUUUAUUUUUGUUUUUUCUUUAAGAACAUGAAUUCAUUAAUUGGAAAAGGUUAAGUUAACGCUCAGCUUAUGUUUGUUAUAAUUAUAUUCUUAUUUUUGUGAGUGUAAAGAAAUUUUCGCCCUGAAAUAGCGUUGGGCAAGAUGCACCCGCGAAUAACGAGUAAUAAUUUCGUGUUUAUAAAUACAUAUUUAAAGUAAUUAUUCGUCAUUCGCAUUGCUCAACGCCUUGAAAUCUCAUUCGUCGCAUACUUGGAAUAAUAAGUUACCAGUUACUAAUUGUUAUCGCACUUUUUCUCGAAUUUGUAUACCACUUAUUCGCAAUAGAUCAAACCAUACUGGUGCAAGAGAUCACACACGAACGAGUGAGGGUGCUGUUACUAUCAUAAUAUAUAGCAUCUUUCUCUACAUAUAAUAUAAUUCUUAAAUCACACAUAAAUAAUAUUGUACAAUCGGAAGCAGAAAUAGUGUCCACAGUUGCUGGUGUAUCGCAUGAGAGAACGGUUGUUGCCCACGCUCGCUCGAUUUGCGCUGCUUCGGUGUAUCCACACCGGGCACCGUUCUCGUACCCCGUUGUACAUAUUGUGUCCGUUUGAAAAAAAAAAAUUAUAUAUAUAUAAUACACAUAGUCGGGGCCGGAGGGGAAGAAGGGGGUAGAGGCGGGGCUGGCUGCUGAAGAAUAGUGGUUCAUGAUUUAACAAUUGAUUGUGCUGGUAGUUGUAUUCCGCCAGCGUUGGUAUAUUAAAUGAAAAAGAUGAAAAGAAAGAGAGAGUGAGAGAGAAAGGGAACGUUAUAAAAUCAUUGAACCUACUUGACGCUUCAGUGUACUUUUUAUUUCUUUAUGUUUGUCUUACGAAAAUAACGAAUAAAGAUAUGUCUCGGAUAUCACACAAA